CUGUUUGGAUUUCUAGUUUAGAAACAAAUUGUUUAUCGUGUAACUCUUAUUCAGAGAUUUACCACUACAAGUAUGACCUCUUUAGUAGCGGACAUGGAGCAACUAAUAUUUUCAAACACUUUCACUUUGAGAUGUGAUGACCUUAAUCUGGCAGCUGACAAUAGAAGUGAUGAUUAUGAUAUAGGGCGAUGUAAAACAUGUGACGAAGCAAACCAUGUUAUUAGCUACUGUAGCAUGAUGGAUAAAAUUAAAGAUCAAUGCCUUUUAAAGCUACUAACUUUAAUUGGUAUUCUUGUUUUCAGUGUUAAAGUUAAUUUUAGGAGUUCCCGACGCCCUGUUAAAGAUAAAUCAAAUAUUAAAUGUAGGCAAGGGACAGGUUUUUUUUGUUGAGGGACCAAGACAGCUGCCAGCUAAUCUACAGGAGGAGCAAGUUAACACACCGCUAUAUGUCGCUGUACACAAAGAUCUAGUGUAUGAUGAUGAGGAAGCUAGAAAUUCUGUAGUCGAAUUAUUUUACAUCCGAGGAGAUAAGAAGGGGCUCUUACAAGUUCAAGGGACUUAUGUAAUCCAUAGUGCUGUACAUGGAGACCACAAAUCUCUUCUAGUUUGUGAGACAGACAUGAAGACGCUGUACACAACUCUGCUUGAAAAGAUGCAGGAAGCCAAGCGUCUUGUUCCAAUGUUGCCCGGGGAUAUGAAGCUUAGUUUAAGGGAUUCAGUUUUUAUGUUUCAUCACCUGCAUGGGAGACCACUGACCAUUUCAUGCAUUUCAGUGAAAACAUUUUAUUAUAAAAAAUCAAUGGCUAGCAGCAAUAACUCUAAACUAGGAGAAUUUAAUUAUGGAUGUGAUGAUGGUGAUAAUCUGGAAAGAAAAUAUAUCUUUAACAACACUUGUGAAGGAUACAAUGGGGCUCUUGUCGUUAGAUUUGAAGACUUUGUCUCUGAGUUUUCAAUGUAUAAUUAUUAUAGUAGUCAUACGCUUAUCUCAUUAGCUAUCAAAGAGAGACUUAGCUCACAAGAAAUGAGUAAAGUAUGCCAAGAUGUGAUGCAGAAAAAUUUCAUGGGAGAUAAUUUGUCAAUUAACAAGAAACAGCUGAUAGAUCUAAACUUAAAUGAUGCCAUGGCGCGACUACGAAGUCUCCAAUCUCUUACUAAAGUACCAUUUUUACAGUUGGAAGAAAUGGCAAACAGAGGCUUUUACUAUGAAGAAUAUCUGGAUAUAGUUUGCUGUGUCAUGUGUAAUAAAAGAUUCAGCAACUGGGAAAAUGCCCGCAGAUUAUUUAAAUACCACAACAUUCACAGUCCCUUGUGUGGCCAACAAUUUGGUGGUGGUGCUUCAAUUGGUUGUGCUUCAUUUGGUGGUGCUUUAUUUGGUGGUACUUCAAUUGCUGUUGCUUCUAGUGAAGGUUCUAAGGCUGCUAGAAAUUGUGAAGCUAAUGCUGCUGUACAAGGAUAUACAGAUAACAAUUCUGAUUUCUUCAGCACAGUUAUAUUUAUAAAAGGACAUAAGCUGAGGGGUCACCGUGAUGUCACUUAAAUAUAGAGAGAUGUAUUUAAUCAUAAUGGAAAUAUCCGAGAGUGGCGCUUCACGGAAUUUUUAUCUUAUAUAUUGCGUAGCAUAGGAAAUUAUAUUUUUUAAACUGUAUAUUUAUAUAUCUAAUACAAUAGAUGUUAAUCACAUUCAUGUACUUAUUGUAUUACAUUUUUUUUUUUAAAUGUGCAUAUCAACAUUAAAAAAUUUAUCAUGUUGUAGGACUUAAAUGAAAAGUAAAAUCCCUCAAAAUGUUAAUUACACUUAAGGUGUUUAGAUUUCAGGCAGGUGUUUAGAUUUCAGGCAAAUGAGGCAAUGUUUAACACUUUGCAUUAAGCCAUGACAUAGGAUUUUUUGUGGAUGAUCUGUAAUUAAGCUUACAUGUAAGAUAUUAAAUUAGGUAGGAUGCACCCAGGGAAUGCCUAAUUUUACAUUUUAAAUCCCUUUCAUUACUUCUAGAAUUCCAUUUUAUUGUCCUCCACAACCCCUGCCCCCAUUUUAAACUAUUAUCCAACCAAAAAAAGUUUCUCCAGAUUUUUCUUUCUUUUAAAAAGUAGUUUAGUUAAUUAUAUUAGAAGAAAAAUAAAUAAUUGAGUUUUACACAUCAAAACUGAAGAUACAUUGUAUUUCUCUA